AUUCGCGUGAGGUGAAUCUUUUAAAAAAAGAUAUAUAAUAAAAAAACAAUUUUUAGUUGGGAUAAUUUUUUAGAAUAACUAUUAAUGGAAGGAAAUUUCUGCAGUGAUAGAUUUUGGGAUUUGAAUCAAACAUGGUAUAAUCAGGUUCCAGAAUUCUCAACAUGCUUUGAAGACAUCAUACUUGUUGCAUUGCCUUGUUUGUCAUAUUUUAUAAUUCUCUUAAUUAAUUUAUUACUACUGCCAAGGCCUGUUAGUUCAAAUCUGCUACCAUGGACUUGGCUGAAUGUAACAAAAAUAAUACUUUCAUUUUGUUUAUGUAUUAUGAGCUGUAUUUGGUGUGGUAUUACCAUUUAUGACAUUUAUACUGAUCAGGAUAUGCCUUAUUCUUCAUUAUUAUCUUCAUCUUCCAAAGUUGCCAUAUUUUUUCUUAUAAUAUUGGUGAUGCUGAAGCAUAGGUCUUGUGGAAUUACAACAUCAAUAGCACUGUCCACAUUUUGGUUAAUUUUUUCAUUUUGUUCCAUAAUUUUGUAUAGAUCAGCAUUUUUGACAUACUUCAUUCUUAAAUCAAAAGAUGCUUCAGGGGUCAUUUUUAUUUUAAACCUGCUGUUUUAUCCUAUAAUUUUUAUUCAGCUGAUUCUGUCAGUUUUUACUGAUAGAAAAAGAUUCUCUGCUCUUCAGGAAGCUAAUAUCAUGGAUGAAGUAUCAUUUCUCUCAUACAUUACAUUCUUAUGGUUUAUUAAAUAUAUAUAUAAAGGGAGAAAAAAACUUUUGACAGUUGAAGAUUUCUUCUUUUCAAGUACUUACUUAACAGCUAAAACUGUAUACGCAAGCUUUGAAAAACACUGGAAAUACUAUUUGUUACCUGAAAAGCAUCCAGAUAUUAGUCUUCUUUGGGCCCUGUUUAAAGCGUUUUGGCCAUGGACUGUGGGGGUAAUACUUAUAAAUAUUUUCUGUGGAAUUAUGCUACUUAUACCGCCACUUCUCUUAGAUCGAAUUAUUGAUUUUACAAAUGAUGACUACUAUUCUUGGAGAGGACCCUUCUUUGCUGUUUUAAUUUUAUUGGUCGAUUUUGUUGGGAAAAUGUUAACGAACAAUUCAGUCCAUCUGAUGGCUAUAUCAAGCAUUCAACUCCAAUCUGCUCUAAUGGGUGCCAUUUUUAGAAAAAAUUUAGUCAUGGCAAAUUCUGCGAGAAAAGAUUACAACAGUGGCAAUUUGAUGAGUUUAUUAACCGUGGAUGUGAAGAGAGUACAGUGGUUUAUUAUGCAAUUUGCGGCCUUGCUGAUAGCACCAUUUAAAAUUGCUCUCAUUAUCUAUGUAAUGUGGCAAUACAUUGGGGUGUCUACUUUAGCUGGUGUUGUUGUUAUUGGUGUUCUGUUUCCAUUCAGUUAUUACGUGUCAAGAAUUGGUUGGAAAUAUAAUGACAAACAAAUGGAAGUGAAAGAUUUUCGCUUGAAACUUAUGAAUGAAAUUCUCAAUGGCAUAAAAAUCUUGAAGCUGUAUGCUUGGGAGAUACCAUUUGCUGGAAGAGUCUCCAAAGCAAGAAAUGAUGAAAUAAAAUGGAUUCGUUAUUCUUUCUUCACCUUUUUAGUGACGAGUUUCGUUUACCGCUGUGCUCCAUUCAUGAUAUCCAUUGCAACUUUUGCAACAUUUUUAUUGAAAGACCAUAAUAAUGUUUUGAGUCCUACUAAAGCUUUUGUAACUUUAACAUUAAUGGAGCAGUUGAGAUAUGCUCUUUUUGAAUUACCUGACGCUGUAGCUGAUCUUAUACAGUUCAAUAUAUCUUUGAAACGAUUGAGAAAAUUUUUCAGUUGUGAAAAUAAGGAUGAAAAAGUUGUUGGAAAUUACCCUGAUAGAGGUGAAGCUAUUACUGUGAAAGAAGCUUCGUUUUCAUGGGCAUGCGAUUCCGAUUAUGUGUUGAGGAAUAUCAAUUUGCAUGUUCCCAAAGGCAAGUUGAUUGCUGUCAUUGGACCUGUUGGCUCUGGUAAAUCGUCCUUGCUUUCUGCCUUGUUGGGAGAAUUCUAUAAAAGGAAUGGGUCUGUGAAUUUAAAGGGCACUAUUGCUUAUGUACCACAGGUGACAUGGGUACUAAACAGAUCUCUAAAAAACAAUAUUUUAUUAGUAAAGCAUAUGGCAGAAGAGAAAUAUAACAAAAUUUUGGACUUGUGCUGUUUGAGACCUGAUUUGGAGAUUCUACCUGCGGGUGAUGAAACUGAAAUUGGAGAAAAGGGUGUUAAUUUAAGUGGUGGUCAAAAACUGCGGGUCAACUUGGCACAGGCAGUGUAUCAGGAUAAAGACAUCUAUCUUCUCGAUGAUCCCUUGAGUGCUGUUGAUGUCCAUGUUAGGAAAUCUUUAUUCAAUGACGUUAUUGGUAGUAAUGGUUUAUUAACGAACAAGACUCGAAUUCUUGUUACUCACGAUACAUCAGUAUUGCCAGAUGUAGAUUUAAUUGUGAGCAUGAAGGAAGGAAAAAUUGACGAAAUGGGUUCUUACAAGGAACUGUUAAGCAAGAAGGGCUCGUUUGCCAAUUUCAUUGAAGAACACUCCACUCACAAAGCAACUGAAGAAAGUGAAGUGGAAAAUGAAAUAUUAAGUAUAUCUAGAUUGAACUCGAGAGAUUCAGCAAAAUCAGCUGAUAUAAGCGAGCAUGGCGGUGGCGAUCAACUACUUAUAAAUGCUGAGAAGUGUGCAGUUGAUGAAGAAGAAAAGUAUAGACUCACUGAUAAUGAAAGAAUGGAAAUUGGAGGAGUUCGUCGACUUGUUUACUUCAAUUACGUGAAAAAAAUGGGCAUUCCUAUGUUUGUAGGUUCUGCCUUGGGAUUUAUGGCAUAUGUAGCAUUUCAAGCAUGUGGAAAUGUUUGGUUAAGUAAAUGGAGCUCUGAUGUCCCUAAAAAUGAGACUAUUAAUAAUUCUCCCACUAUUUGGAGGUUAUCCAUUUAUGGAACUUUCGGACUUGCACAAGCUAUAUCUUGUGUUUUGGGAGGCAUUAUGCUUGUUUUUAGCGUCACAAGAGCCUCGGAAAGGUAUUACAGGUUCAUGCUGGAUAGUGUUUUGAAAUCUCCAAUGUCAUUUUUUGAUACCACUCCUGUAGGAAGAGUUAUUAACAGAUUUACAACAGAUAUGGAAAUUCUGGACAAUCAGAUAUUUUAUCAACUUGAAGGAUGGUUAAAUUGCAUAUUUCGCAUUAUUUCUUCGUUUGUUAUAAUCGGAAUGAAUGUGCCAAUCUUCUUAACGUGUCUGCUACCAUUAGGGCUGCUAUACUAUCUUAUACUGAAACUACAUUUAAGUAUAUUCAGACAAAUACAAAGGUUAGAAUCUACUGGUCGUUCUCCCAUUUACAGCCUUUUCAUGGAGGCUAUACAGGGUGUCUCUUCUAUAUCUGCAUAUGAUGUUAAAAAGGACUUUAUUCAAACAUUCGAAGAAAGAUUGGACAGAUGUUUCGUGUGCACAUUUAACAGUUUUGUUUGCAACAGAUGGCUCUCCUUUUGUUUAAAUUCUCUUGGAAGUUCCAUUGUAUUCGUUACAACUAUUUUAGCCAUUCAGAAUCGAGAAGCUCUGAAUCCUGCUGUUGUGGGCCUGAUUAUAACAUAUUCCUUUGUAGUAACAGAUGCACUGCGGUGGUUUGUUAGAAUUAACUCUGAACUGGAAAAUAAAUCCAUAUCAAUCGAGCGAAUUGAGGAGUAUUGCAAUUUGGAACCAGAGGCACCUUGGGAUCUAUCCCAUGAAAAGUUAACUGAGGACUGGCCUCAAAAUGGUAUCAUUUCUUUUGAAGAUUACAGUACCAGAUACAGAGAAAACCUUGAUCUUGUGUUAAAAGAAAUCAAUCUUUCCAUCGAAGCAUCUGAAAAAGUUGGCAUCAUUGGACGUACAGGAGCAGGGAAAUCAUCAGUUACUUUGUCAUUAUUUAGAAUCAUUGAACCAGUUUCCGGAACAAUAUCAAUUGAUGAUAUUGAUAUUACAAAAAUAGGUUUACAUAAUUUAAGGAAAAAGUUGACAAUAAUUCCACAGGAUCCUGUUUUGUUUACUGGAACUUUAAGAAUAAAUUUAGAUCCAAAUAAUGAGUACAGUGACGAUCAACUUUGGGAAAGUUUGGAAAAAUCAUAUUUGAAGACAUUUGUGUCAAAUUUACAAGAAGGCUUAGAGUAUGAAAUUGAAGAGGGUGGUUCUAAUCUUAGUGCUGGUCAAAGGCAGCUGGUUUGCUUAGCAAGAGCCUUGCUUAAGAAUUCAAAAAUUUUAGUAUUAGAUGAAGCAACUGCUUCUGUUGAUAUGGACACUGACAAUUUGAUACAAAAUACGAUUCGAACAGCGUUUGCAGAUCGUACUGUGAUCACCAUAGCUCAUAGAAUAAAUACAGUACUGGAUUAUGAUAAAAUUGUAGUCCUGGAAAAUGGCAACAUAGUUGAAGUUGGAAAUCCUUCAAAUCUACUUGAAAACCAAAACUCCCGUUUUUAUUCAAUGAACAAACAAGCUGGCCUGAUAUAAAUUAAUCUAUUUAUUAUUCUUGCAUUUAUAAUUUUGUUAAUAAUUUUAUUAUUUUAUUUAUUUUAUUUUACAAAUAUAAAAUAAAAUAAUGUUUGUUGCUGUAUUUUGUGUGUGUUUUUAACUAUUUUGUGAAUUGAAAAUUCGACCUUAAGAUUUCAAUGAUUGAAUUACAACAUUUAUGCCUCCGUAGCUCUGAGAGAGAGAUUCGGGAAAAAUACAGAAAACGAAGGAGAAAAUAAACUGACUUAUGAAACUGUGAAAUCUUAAACGGUAAAACAAAGUUUUUUCAUUGUUGAAAAAUAUUUCAAAAAUAAUGAAGCAACACAGAUACUUUAAAAGCAACAAAUUAAAACUGAUUAUAAAUUUAAAAUCACAUUUCUCAGCUACUUAUUAGAAAAAAAAUCAAGAUAAACAGAAGGUGGCAACAGAUAAAAGAAUAACAGAAUAACAAAAAUCCGCGGCUUGUUACCUAAGAAACGAAAGUUUUCCCAAUACAAGAUACAGUAACAUAACGACUCCUUAUAAAUAUGUGAUACAUGCAUGAAAUAAAGAGAAUAGAACUGCUAUUUUUUAUUAGAAUUAGAACAAGUUUUAUAUUAAAUGGGAUAAUUUAUUAUUAUUAUUACUAUUUAUAUCUUGAUUGACGCAUUAAAUACAAUGCUAAAAGAAAUGAGGUUUCGUUUUUUAUGUUAAGUAGGAGUUAGGAAUCCGAGAUGAACAUUGGAGAACUAAAUGGACAAGUUGAAGGCAUGAAGGAUUUAUAUUGCUUUGUUAUAUAAAGGGAAAAGCUGGAGAGAGGAAAAUAAAUUGUUAAGAAAAUAUGUUCGCUUAACUCAAACUAAGAGAUAGGCUUAUUAUUCAAUAGGUACGAAGUUUUCAUGCAUGCAGGGUUGCAUUAUUAUUUCAACUGCUUUACUGCUGAAACUAAUAAUGAAAUAGGUUUAAUAAAGGAUCUUCAUUCAGAAUUAAAAUGGAUUGCUUUCUGGUAUCAGCCUCGCUUAGUCUUUCAAAUGACCUUCACCCGUCUCUAAAUAAAGACAAUAAAUCCGUCGAAGGUUGAAUGGGACGUAUUUACCCAACUGCUCGAGGUGUUAAAUAGUCAGUUACUGUGGAAUUUCUUCUUUGCGAUGGAUAACAAAAAGAAGCUGUUGUUCAUUAUUUCUUUGGCGAUUUGUUUCCAUGUUAUCUCUGCUGCAGGUGGACAGUCACUGUCCCAAAUAUUAUAUUUGAUUGGAGAAGCUUUUAAAGACUCCCUGACUUUACUGAAUUACCGGAUUCGAACGAGCAUGAAAGCUGCUUUAGAAAAUUGGAAUAAAUCUCCGAUACGUCUUAAACAACCGUUUGUAAAACGAGAAUGAAAUCAACAUCGUGUACAGAGAUUUGUAAUUCUUCUGUAAGGAAUUCCAUGUGUUGAGAACGAUUUUCCUUUGAUAUCUGAUUGCAUUAUUAAAGUAAUUUUUUAAAUAAUUUUCUUUUGCAAUAAUUUCUAAAAGACGUAUUUACUUCUGGUAUUUUAAGGAUCGUUUGAUCCCGAUUCUGAUAUUGCCAGAUUAACAAAUAGAAUUGUCAGUUAAUCUUAGAAAUAGUGGAAAAUAUUUGAACUAAUAACUCUUCCAGGAUAUUCAAUGAAAAUAGGUUAUCAUUUAAUAUUUCAAAGAAUUUUCCAA